AUGUCCCUUACAUUGGGGGGUCAGUGGGAAGAAUGUCCCUUACAUUGAUGGUCGGUGGGAAGAAUGUCCCUUACAUUGGGGGUCAGUGGGAAGAAUGUCCCUUACAUUGGGGGUCAGUGGGAAGAAUGUCCCUUACAUUGGGGGUCAGUGGGAAGAAUGUCCCUUACAUUGGGGGUCAGUGGGAAGAAUGUCCCUUACAUUGGGGGUCAGUGGGAAGAAUGUCCCUUACAUUGGGGGUCAGUGGGAAGAAUGUCCCUUACAUUGGAGGUCAGUGGGAAGAAUGUCCCUUACAUUGGGGGUCAGUGGGAAGAAUGUCCCUUACAUUGGGGGUCAGUGGGAAGAAUGUCCCUUACAUUGGUGAUCAGUGGGAAGAAUGUCCCUUACAUUGGGGGUCAAUGGGAAGAAUGUCCCUUACAUUGGGGGUCAGUGGGAAGAAUGUCCCUUACAUUGGAGGUCAAUGGGAAGAAUGUCCCUUACAUUGGUGAUCAGUGGGAAGAAUGUCCCUUACAUUGGGGAUCAGUGAGAAGAAUGUCCCUUACAUUGGUGGUCGGUAGGAAGAAUGUCCCUUACAUUGGGGGUCAGUGGGAAGAAUGUCCCUUA